AUGGCAAUUCCAGAGAUAAACAUGAUUACCGAUUUUGAGGCGGGAAUGAAAUGCCUCCAAAACCCGUCCCUAAUCUCUCGAUUAGACAAAGUUCCCCAAGCCUACAGCUUCUGGAAAUGGGGCGCUCUCUUUUUCGCAAUUUUCGCCACUUUCAGCAGCAUAUUCAGAAGAAUUAAGCUCAUUCUUGUUCGAUUUCACACAAUCAAGCCUUCCUCUCAUCAAAGUGAAGAGGUUUUCGAGUUUAGCGAGGAAGAUGAGACCUCGUUAGCUUCUUCGGAUGACGACGGCGCCGACGAUAAAGCAGAGGACCACCCGACGACGUCGUUCAGAAGUCAACGCCCCGUUGACGAAAAUUUCAGCGUGAAGGGCGUUUUCAGGGGACAGUGGCCAAACGGCAAUCUAAGGAAUCGUAAGCGGCGAUGCGGCCGCGGGGCCUGGUCGGAGUUCGCUUCCGGCAAGAGUGUCGUCAGGCUCUGGGAUAGCUUGGGUUUAAAUCUGGAUUUUGACGAGGAUCUUUUCAGCUCCGGCGAGCAGAGCGUGGUCUCUACUUGGGACUCCGACCGGGACGGGAGGGAAAUCGAUUUUGCCGGCGGUGCGUGGGGUGCGCCGGCGGUCCUGACGGCGGAGGGAAAUCGGAAAGGGGGCGGCGUCAUUUUGGGCGGCUACGACGGGAGGAUGCAGCGCCGUUUCCCGGCUCUGUACGCCGAGUGGGGAUUGCCGGCGGAGGCGGAGAAAGUGGGCGGAGUCUCCACGGGUGGAGAUGGGAAGGUUUACGUCAGGAAUGACGUUGGCGGGGUGGUAGCUGUUGGCGACGUGAGAAAUGUUAGGCGGCCGUUAGAGAGUGUGAAAGAGUCAGACGGCAAUACCUGGUGGGACGGUGACGCCGUUAUAGUGGAGAAUGAAUGA